GUAUAAAUGCGCGAGGUUGACAAACAGUAAAGUUUCCGUGAGCCGCUAUAGAGAGCCGAGUGCGGCGUUCAGACGCGCUUUAUAACCACUUAUUCAUGUGCACUUUUAUAAUUUUAUAAGCUCCGUGUCUCAUCAGCUUAAGUUCAUUUUCGUCUCUCCCUGGAAAUGUAGGAAUAACAAGAAGAAUAAUAAGCCUAAUAAUAAUAACACUAGCAGUCACUCCGAUUGGAGAAAGUGGGUCUUGAGACGUCCAGGCUUUCAGUAAGCCCACUGUGGUGUAGCAGGUCAGAAAUUUGUCUGGGACCAAUCGCAUCUGGACUUCUCCUCUGAAACAACAGUGUUUGAGCUGCACGCUACCAGAUUUGACUAGGAUUUUUACCCCCCUGUGCAAUUCUGACAAGAUGCGGUAACUGUCAUAGGCCUGUUCUGGCCUGAGAGAUUCAGGACGUGAGCAUUGUGUUCUGGACCCUUUAAUUCUCUCUUCAGCCAUGCAUUUAGAGGUGAAAGUUGCACUGAACUUCAUAGUGUCCUACUUGUACAACAAGCUACCACGGCGAAGAGCAGACCUAUUCGGGGAGGAGCUGGAACGCAUCCUGAUGUCACGCUUUGAAGGUCACUGGUACCCAGAGGCUCCAUUACGUGGUUCUGCUUUCCGCUGCCUUCAUCUCGGAGUCCCUGGGGACCCCGUGGUUGAUUUGGCAGCCAGAAGGAGUGGGUUGGACAUGGAAGAAGUUCGUGCCAAUGUCCCUCCAGAACUCAGCAUCUGGAUCGACCCUUACGAAGUGUCCUAUCAGAUUGGCGAGAAAGGGGCAGUGAAAGUUCUUUACAUGGAGGAUCCGCCAGGCUUGGGAGGUGAAGCUGAAGAACCAGAAUGUUUAGGAGGGCUUUGUAAAGGAGAGAUGGAACUGGAAGAUGGAAAGAGUUUGGGCUUCAACCCAGACGCUCAGGUCUUUGUGCCCAUCGGUGGCCAAGUAUCACCAGUCAUGCUUCCGUCACUCUCUAAUUCACCCACACCGCUCUGUCAAGGUCUGUUCAACUAUGCAGGCUCCAGUACUCCAACAGAUCCCACUGUGCACUCCAACACCUCCUCCCCAUCUCCACCAAGUAUAGGGAUGCCCUACCCUCACCCAGCUGCCCAACCCAGCUCCCGUCCUGUUCCGCAACAAAUCACCUUCACCACAGCCAGCUUUGCUGCCACCAAGUUUGGCUCCACCAAGAUGAAGAAAUGUAUGGGAUCUGGUGUGGUGGGUGGAUCUGGCACUGUUGGUGCACCUCAGCAGAGGAUGCUGAGUCGUUCCCCCACCUCAGUGCCCUCCAUUUCACCCCCUGGACUGGUGAAGCACAAGCCCCUGUCUCUCUCCAUGCACUCCCUGGCUGGUCCAGUCUCCAGCCAGCUCUCCCCUAAUGCCAAAGAGUUUGUCUACCCUGCCUCCCAAGGGCCUCUUUGUUUUGAAGCUGAGGCUCCACACCUGACACAUGCUGGUCCAUUCCAGGCCCAGCUUCCAGGCCCUGCUCAUCCACAUGCCACCUUUGAUCCAUUCUCUAGCCCACCACCACCAGGCCAUGCUAUGAGUGUCAUGGGAGGCGGCAGUGGAAUUUCCUUCAUGGAGGGUCUGGGGGGCUACAACCUGCAGUACUCCAGCCAAGCUUUCCAACCUGUAGUAUUGGCCAACUAAAUGUUGAAAAAGCUUAAGUCUUCUGGGAAUUUUUUUAAAUUAUUUUUUUUUUUUCCACCAGUUGUUACUAAUACAUAAA